ACCCGUAAACGGUGAGCAAUAUGUCGGAGUGAGUGCGAACGCGGCAGUUCUGUUUUCCUUCCUUUUCCGUUAGAUGAAAGCUGAUUUAUUCACUCUUGGCUAAACAUAGAGGUUGAAAUCACAGUCAUCUAUAUUUUCCAAAUUUUUCUCACCUCUUCAUUUUAAAAAAUGCCUUCAGACGAGAAAUACGGAAGCGGAGCUGCUUACAAGUGAAAGAAACCUGGAUUCUUCCUCCUUCAGGCCCCGAGGAGGCAGCAUGGGUGACUUCGGCGCAGUGAAGGACAAGUGGGUCUGUCCCAACGACAGGGAGCUCUCUCUCCGGGCCAAGUUGAAGACGGGCUGGUCAGUGAAGACUAACUCUAUCAACUCCUUCAAUAAGCCGGAGCAACUGAACGACUCCGAGCAGGAGGUCAUUAUGGGGGUCAUUCGAAGAGCGGAGAACCUGGAGAAGACAGAGCAGGAAAGAAUCGGGCGCCUGGUGGAGCGACUGGACAACAUGAAGAAAAAUGCCAUGGGGAACGGCACUUCGCAGUGCGUGCUUUGCGCCGACGAGUUUGGGAUCCUCGGAGCUUCUCCGUUACUCUGCAACGACUGCAGAAAGGCUGUCUGCACAAAAUGUGGUGUUGAUACUUUCAGUGCUCAAAAAGAACCUCUGUGGCUAUGCAAGAUUUGUGCAGAGACGAGAGAGACUUGGAAGAAAUCAGGAGCCUGGUUUUACAAGGGUCUUCCGAGAUACAUCCUUCCUGGCCGGAAAACGGAGCCCAGCAAAUACAACUCCCCGGGGUCUGCUUCCAAAUCUGCCGAUUCGUCACCUGCUCGAACAGGAAACUCCUGGCUCCAGUCCAAAGGUAGGAGUGGAAGUGAAAGGGAUUUUACUGACAGCUCUGACGACGAAAUUAAAUCUAGCAGACUAACGAAAAAGAGUACAAUGAGAAGACCCUACACUGAUUCGAUGGAAUCUUCGGAGCCGGCGUACUCUACAAUUCUUCCGGUGGACAGUUCCCAUGGCCCUUCGCCUACUCACCUUUAUUCACCGGCUAUUCCCGAUUCUCCCAGAUCGCCGCAGUAUCGGAACGGAUCCGAAAAUCGCUCGCCAGGACUCGAAGGAUCGCCGACCUAUACCAAGGAGUGUAGAGCGGACGUAGACCGCAGCCAGACUCCAACCGCAACCGCUUCGGGCAGCUACUGGUACAAACCGGGCACUCGGAGGGACAUGCCUGAGGAGGAGGAGGGCUUCGAAAGGACUUUCAAGGGGCACGUACGAAAGGAUCUGCCGCUUCGGAGCCACCGUCCUACUCCCUCCGGCCGUACCGAGGAGCUUCCGGACGAGAAUUUCAAGGAGGAAUCGAGUUUCCCCUGCGCUCUCGACUUCUGCCUUCUCUUCGAUCCUCAUAACCAAGUUCUGCACUGUACCAUUUACAGAGCAAAAGGACUGAAGCCGACGGACUGCGAUGGACUUGCGGAUCCAUACGUUAGACUUCAUCUCCUUCCUAUCCAGAGCAAAAUGGACAAGCUCCGAACCAAGACUGUUCAUAAAACUCUAAAUCCAGAAUUCAACGAAACUGUUAGUUUUUAUGGAAUUUCUGAUUAUGAUAUUGCCAAGAGAACUUUAAAGAUGACUGUGAUGGAUGAGGACACUCAUUGUCACGAGCCCCUGGGGGAAAUCCGCAUGGCCUUGAAGAAGCUCCGACCGCACCAACCGAGUCAUGCCAAUGUUUAUCUCGAAAAGCCAAUUGAGUCAGAGGACGGUGAAGACGAAACGAGUCGCGGACAGAUCCUCCUCUCCCUGCUGUACUCCGAUACUCACCGUGCCCUGGUGGUGGGUAUUGUGCGUUGCGUCAGGCUGCCCAGCAGAGAAAACAACGGAUUCCCGGACCCCUACGUCAAAGUACAACUAAAACCUGAUACUAUGAGAAGAAGAUUCAAAACAUCAACGAAGAAAAAAACUUUGAAUCCAGAAUACAACGAGCAAUAUGCGUUCGAAGUUGAUCCUCUAGAUAUGGCGAAAAAGACUAUAGAAAUUACAGUCUGGGAUAAAGAUACUGCCAAAACAGACGAUUACAUUGGUGGUUUGGCUCUGAACGUGCAGUCCAAAAGCGAUCGCCUGCGUCAUUGGAUGGACGUCGUCAGAAACCCCAACCGCAGGAUCGAGCGCUGGCACCCUUUGAGCAACGUGGUCUUCAUUGACUAAGAAAUUAGUAGAGGUUUUUCAAGUGCACCUUUUCUCUAUUUUCUGAUUGCAUCGGCGUCAUGCAACAGACAUAGGACUCGCGUGGUGGAUGUGUCACUGAUAUUCACUUUCAGAAUGGUGCUGUGCCAGAAAUAUCAGUUAUCCCAUUUGUUAUGAGUAAAUAAUUUACAUGGGCCGUUCCACGAAAAAGUCACCAUUUUAUCCCGCACGUGACAACUCAUAUAUUUCAAUAAAAAAAGUAAGGAUUUCAAAGGUAAUGAGCAACAUUUUUUUGCUUAGGAAAUCACACAUGUGUUUGCGAUUUCUUAAGCAGCAACAUUUUGUACAUUAUCCUUCUAAGUUAUUAUUUUUAAUGAAAUAUACCUGAGCUGUCACGUGCGGGACCAAAUGUCCGUUUUUACGUGGAGUUGCCCAUAUGAGCAUGUAAUUAAUACCAUAAAAUUAUAAUAUGAAGUGCAUCAUUUAUUAUGUAUGUGACGCAUGCUCUAUUCCGUGAGCUGGCUAACCCCUGUAGAUAUCUAUGUAUGUGAGAAUGUAAGGUGAGAGAAGGGAUUGUUUGAAUGUGAGAUUGCACAAAACUACUUAAGUUCAAUGGGGCAUCAGAAUGUUCCAUUCUAAAGAUUAAUUAUUAAAUCAGUAUAUAAAGUCAUUUUGUUCGAACAUCAGGAUGAAACAAAUUGAACAAAGAAAAUAAUCUAUAAAUAAUAAAUUUAAAAAAAAAAAUUGAUUGCGUAAUAUAACAUAUUUUAGGCAUACUUGCAUGAACUGUUGAAUAAACUGUCUACAGUUUGUGUUUAACAUAUAAAAAAAGAGAACCGCCCUUUACUUUUACCUCUGUACUGUUUAACGUGACGUUAUCAUAAAAAUUAUUUCCUUCUGCCCAUCUCUUUAUUUCUAGAAACAAAACCCUCGUAUUU